AGUUAAGCACGCAACACGCACGGCGCCAUAUUGGACACGGAUGUUGAUUCUCCGGGUUGAAGGUGUUUAUACGCGGCUCUUUAACAAAAAUAUUCCUUAAAAUCAUCUAUUUAUCAAGUUUAUAUCCCGGGGCAAGUGUUACGUGUACGUUUAUUGUUUUUAAUCAGAUAAUUUGUCAAAUAAACAAAAAAUGAGUGAAUGUGAUAGUGUGGUGGAAAAUUGUGCGACUUUGAAGGCACGCGAUGAGAAAGUAAUGGGUGACGUCCUGGCAAAAGAGAACAACGAGGAUGUUUCACAACAGGAAAACAUAUUAUUCGAAGACAGUUUCAGAUCAAAAUGUUUAAGGCAUGAUAUUAAUGGUACUCAAGAAUCUGAUGCUGAUGAACUUUCACCUAGUGACACUCCCUUAACUAAUUCUAUCGAGAUAGCGGAAAACUGCGAAAUGUCAGAUAAUACAGACAUGGAGGACAGUAAUGUUUUAUCGAAAAGUAAUAAAGACUCUUCAGAAAAUUUUACUGAUGAUUCCUCUUCACAUCGCGCUAAAGAUCCUUGCAGAUGUGAAAUGUGCCGAGUUAAGAGGAGAAUUCUUAUGGAAGAAAUGGAAAGAGCGUUAAGGCUAAAUAGUCUUUGGACAGAUUUAAGAAAACACAUUCAUUCUGUUUAUCAUACAGCAAUGACAACGUCCAAUGUACCUCACUCGCCAGUAAUUCAGAGUGAUUCUUCUCGACAAAGCAGUUUACAGAAUACUGUUUUACAGCUGUGUAAAAGCGAUCCUCAUCAACUUUCCAUGAGAUUAGUGAGUCAAGCGCAGGAAUUUGUAGUGGAAGUCAAGGUUCAACUUUUAACCCUUCUUCAAAAUUUGAGAAUUAAUCAUUUGUCGGAAGUUUUCUUAACAAAAAUGUUGGAUGGAUACGAUGCCUUGAUCGCAACUGCCUUACAAGUUUCGCAGUUAAUAAAACCGGUGGAAAAGGAGUAUUUUCAAAAGUUUAAUUUAACAUGGGAGUGUUUCAAUAAAAAGCUUUAUCAGGAUUACGUUUACACGGAUCCUUUAAUCCAAAAUAGACUUCCACCUUUUAUUGGACAGUUAAGGAAGUUGCUGCCUUUAAAAAGCACCGAAUAUCAAGGUCUCGUUCACAGGUAUCUUGCGUUUGAUGAUGAAAUGACAAAAGUUGGUAAUCUCUGGCCGGAAGCUGUGCAGUUAAUAGAUAAACAUAACAUGGAACAAGCGGCGCGAUUAAUAAAAUUGAGAAGAUUCAGAAAAGGUUGGGAAACUUUUACAACAUGGUGGAAACAAGUACAACAGCAAGAGACAUAUGAAAGACACGAAAGACUUCAGGAAACUAAUAAUCAAUUAUUAAAGGAUUCUCAGGAAGUUUGUACAAACGGUUCUAACGGUAGAGUUCCAAGUCCAGUAUGUCUUUUAGAUACACUCAGUAUUCCUCCUAAACACGACAUUGCACAAUUUUUACUUGAUGCUAAAACGUCACACCAAAGGUUAGUUGAUGUCUUAAAGUCGAUCAUUGUUUCAAAGGACCAUUUAACUGUUAAAGAUUAUGGUAUAAAUAUACCUAAUCAUCCGCACAUGAAUGAUCUCGAGUUUCAAUGUGGAUUCGAAUGUGCAUCGACUGUUAUUCAGUCAUUCGCUACUUUGAUCGCAAAAAGACGGAUUAGAAGCAACUGCAGUGAAAAUCAUGUUAAUGCGUCAUUGAAUAUCGACGAAGAAAAUUGUACUUAUUGCACUUUGUCUCCUCUUUUAAAUUCCAAUAUCUUCAUGAUGAAAGAACUGUCAACGGAAGAGGAAUCACCUACUAAAGACAAAUCAUUAAAUAAUGAUAUUGCAGGAAUGGAAAAAUACAUAGCGUCAAAUUUUUUAGCGAUCAAAGACCUUUAUAACCAUGUGAAUUCUGCGAUACCGUGUGAUGACAAUUCCGAUUCAUUGAUAACGCAAGAAAAUUCGGCGUCGAAUUUUAAUAGCACUGAAUCGAAAACACUCGUGGAAUGUGAGACUGAAAAUGGUGAAUCGAUUGAAAAGAGGCCAAAUUGUAUCGCAGAGGACGAUGAUUUUAGGAAAUUUGAUUUCCAAUCGUGUCCCUGUGUCUAUCAACAUACCAAAGAUAUCGCUGAAAAACGAAGGGAAGUCGAUAACCCACCUUGCCCUUGUUUAUUGAAUUCAAAACGAAAACUCGACGCGUGUCCAUGCUUAAGUACAAAUGAUAUUGAUAUGCCAAAUGGUCAUUUGGAGGAGCAAUCAGUUACAGUGGUUACUCCGAAAUCUGAUCAGGAACCCUUAGAAGUUGUAAUGAAACCAAGUACGACGAUUUCUUCUCAAAUCCAAACGAGACACUCGACGACACAAACAAAAAAUUCGACUCACCAUCAUAAUCGCACUUCUUGUCAAGGUUCUGCGCAUUCUCACGAUGUUAAAACUUCAAGUUCUGGACACAAGGCUCACAAUCAUGGUUCACAGUCUUCCAUCGCCUGUCACAAACAACAUGUUGUUGAACACAUCAAAAGAGUAUCUUGUAGUGAUUUGAGUCCUGGGGACGGCGAUUGUUCAGAUUCAGGAAGCAGUCACGAAGAUUCUUGUUCGACAAGUAGUUCGUCACCACGAGAUUCAAAUCGACAUUGUGAUUGCUGUUAUUGUGAAGUCUUUGGCCACGGAGUUACUUCUGUUGCUCUUGUCAGUCGUAAUUAUAACGAAAUGAGAGACAGAUUGAGACAAUUAUUAACAAAAAAGAAAGCUACUAAAUGCAAAGCUGUGUGCAGUCCGUCAAAAAGUUCUGCAGAAUCCUUACCGUCUAACACAAAUUCAGAAUCGAAGACAACAACAUCAAGUCAUUCGGCGCCAAGAUCUAAUACACCUUUAUCCACAGCUUCGACUGUCCUUCUUGAUAAUAGAGAUCAAAGAGAUUUAGACGCUUUACUCGAAUACAUAGAGGGCAGUCAAAAUGGGAAGAGAGAUAAUAAAAAGGCUGAAAAGAAAGCGCGACAGAAACAACGAAAGCAUGAAGAGAAGCUUAAACAGGAGCGACUGGAAGAUGAGAGGCAGAAAUUGAUAGAAAUACAAAAGAAAACACCAGAAGUAACUAUCACUGUUGUCGAUCCUCAGAGACCAAUGCCACAGAGAUUUCAUCCACAUCGAAAUUUACCGGAGAUUUCUAUUCUUCCAGCGUCACCGCCUGUUGUCGUAUCAAAUGUUUUAAAACCGAAUAAUAUUAAGAAUAAGAAAAAAGACAAGUUUGAAGCUCCCACUAACAUUAAUGUUACCAAUAAAACUAACGCUAAAACGAAAACUGUAGUAGCUCAAGCAAAUCAAAAGACUAAAAGCUCAAUGUCUGUUGAUAAAGUCGAUGGAAUUUUAAGUUCAACUCAGAACAACACGAAAAAUAAUACUAAAAAAGAUAAAGGAGGUAAUACAAAAGGCAAUAAUAAAAUUAACAAUGUAAAUAAUAAUAAUAAAAAUAGCGGGAAACAAACAGUUGUUCCAUCUCCUCCAACGCCUCCGCCGCCACCCAUCGAUGAAUCCACAUUGACAAAAAAAGAACGUAAAAAAUUGAGACGCGAAAUGCGAAAAAUGGAAGAAGCCAAAAAAGAAACAGAAAAUCAAUUGCAAAUCGUGACAAUAAAACGUGUCAUGGAAUCAAAUAGUGCCGAACCAACUGUGACCAUCACACUCAAAGGUCAAACACCCGCUGAAGACAAAGUAUUAUUCACCCUUGUCAAUGGACAAACAAAAGAGCCCGCCAAGUCUGAUCAAGGAAAAACUAUUUCUGGUAAGAAGAAUAAAAAGAAAAGCAAAAAUGCCAAUAAUAACGCGAAUCAAGUUAAUAAUAUUAAUAAUCAAGUUUCACAAAAUAAAUCCCAACAAUCAAAUGUUAAAACAAAUAAAAAUGAGAAUAAAACAGUUAAACAAACUAUAAAUGAAAAAUCCAAGAGUGCUAAACAAGUCGAAUCUGUUAAAGUCCAACAACAACAGCAGCAGCAACAACAACAAUCUUCAGCCGAAGUAAAACCAACGAAACAGAAAAAUAAAAAGAAUUCUGAGAACAAAGAAAAUGUUUCCCAGACACAAAAUAAUGUUUCGAACAAAACGAAAAAUCAGCAGCAGCAACAACAACAACAACAACAACAACAACAGAAUCUCGUGAACAAAAAACAAAACAAGAACAACUUAUCACCUCAAGUGCAGAAACAAUCUAAUGCUAAUAAUAAUAACAAUAACAACAACGAAACGGGCAAUAAGAAAGUAAAACAACAAGAGCAGAAUAAAAAUGUUCAAAAGGAAGCCAAAAAAAACAAUAAGAGCGCAAAUAACAAAGCUAAUAGUAAUAAUAAUAACAACAAUAAUACCAGUGGAAAGGCAACCGCCAAUAAGACUGAUAACCAGAAAAGUCAAACAAAAAUUAAUCAGAAUAAUGGUAAUAAUAAUAAUAAUAAUAAAAAGAAACAAAAUGUCGAUGUUCAACGUGCUGUUAAUGAAUGUGUGACACCACCAUUGAGUAGCCAAUUUAAGGAUAUUAGCGCAAAUUCUAAAAUUAAUAUUGAGAAUCUCAAGUUACCGCCCGGUAUUACGAUUACAAAAGUUGACACGCCCGUCAAGCCUUUUCCAUUAAAAAUUGCACAGAAGCUCAAACCGACAAAUCCACCGAAGCAAACGACAAUUAUUGCUUCGCCAAUGAGUAACACUCCGUCCGGUUACGCUAAUCCGCAAGGCAAUGGUAAUGUUAUUGUUGUUGAUACUGGAAAGCUGAAGCAGGAUCUCAUUCCAAAAAAUUCAGAUAAAGAUUCCACGAAGGAAUCCCAGGGUGGCAAAAAGAAGAAAAAGAAGAAGAAUAAGAAUGCUGCAAAUCAAAAUAAUAAUCCAUCGUCAGCAUCAUCUGGUAAUAUGACAAUAUUACAGAGAAACGAUCAUUCUGGAAAUGAUCAUCAUCAACAUGGCGAUGAUGUGGCAAAAAUUCUUCAUAAUCCACAAACAAAUAUGGUGACAAUUAGAAAUCCGGCCUUCGGUCCACCAAAAAUGGAACCCGUAUCACAACAAGCAGCCAUCAUAAAAGUCUCAGAGAACGGUAUGGUUACAAUCCGAAGUCCAGCCUUGCAACAAGCUAUUAAUGCCGGUUUAACGCCUCCGCCAAAACCGGAUUUCAUCAUUAAAGGCGAUUUAAAUGCCGCUAAAUCAAAUAAUAAACAAAAUAAUGGCAUAAUACCGUCGAGUAUUACUGAAAUACGUAGUCGAUUAACACAGGAAUGCACCAGUUUAAGUGAUCUCGCUAAUAUUCAAAUCAGUAAGGUCGCAAGCGGUCAACCGAUACCCGAAAGUGGAAUUAAUCUUAAGGGUACAAGUGUGACAUUGACGAAGGUGAGAAAUCCGGAAGCAACUCUAGAUGAACAGGCGAAAACAGCUGUAAGGGAGGCGAUUAAUGCAUCGAUGACGAUUACAAGUAGCGGUACCAAUAGUAACAAUAGCAACACCAACACCACCACUACUACUAGCAGCAGUAAGGGGAAGAAAAAGAAAAAGCGCGGAAAUGGCGCGAGGCAAAGCGGCGAUGACUGGAACCUCGUUGAGAGUGUAUUCACGCCAAAAGAUAUAGACCUCGAGGACGGUGAAAUGGACGACGCAGAACGUGAGCUAGAAGCCUUUAAACGAUUUUGUCUACAGUCAGUACCACCCCCACGAAAGGAGAAGGUGAAUCUAAAUAUCAAGGACAUCGUUCUCAAAAAGAAAUCAUCAUCGUCAUCAACAGCUGCUGCAACAACUGUUAUUGCGGCGAAUUAGAACUGAGCUUUUUUUUUUAAAAAAAAAAGCGUAUCCAUCUCUGUUCAAUUAAAAAAAAAAAAAAAAAAUCGUCUUAAACUACUGCCAUUUUGAAAGUCGAUGUGCAAUCAUAUACGUCGGGUUUCAAAAAACAAAAAAUUUCCGCGACAUUGAAUGUCGUCUUGGAUCGAUCAUAUCCCCGGUCUCUUUAAAGUAUAUAAUAAUUAACCGGUGAAAAAACUAUGAAAAGAUAGUAUUUUAGAGGGCGAGGUAAAAAAGAAACUAAGGUAUCAGAGCAACCUGAGGCGAAAAAUUAUUCCACGAGAAGAAGUUCAUUUCUGCCUGUAAAUUUUUGUUUUGUUUUUUUUUUUUAUAUUUCUAAUUAAUUGUUUAUAUAUUUUUUUACAGUGUAUCUGUGAUCUUUCGAAGUAUUUUGGCAGAAUGCUUCUUCUCUUGAUGAGCUCUUAGAUUAUAUAUAUAAAAAAAUGUAUAUGUAUGUAUUUACGUGUUGUAGAAAAACAAUUGAACAAAUGAUUAGAGAAAUCUGAGCUUUCAAAGAAAAAAAAAAAAAAAAAAAUGCGCUCGAACCUGGAAGAUGAAGGUAGAUUUUCAAAUUGAAUCUUGCCUUUUUUAUAAUAAUUAUUCUAUUGAUAGCUCCGAGUCUACCAGGACCAGUGAGUGUAAGUUGCUCUGCUUUUUCUCGUGCACAGUCACAAAAAAAAGUAAAUAUUUUUUUUCUAAGUAAUAUUUAAAGUGCACUUUUAAUUCGUUUUUAUUGUAUCAUCGUUUUUUUUGUAUUAUAUAAAAAAAAAAGUGAUAAUUUUGACCAAAAGUUGAAAUUUUGUUAAAAAAAAAAGAAAUAAACAAAAGACUUGACUUUUGUUAAUAAUGUCAAGAGAGAUAGAUAGAGAGACAGAGAGAGAGAGAAAGAGAGAACCGUUUAAUGGUCGCUCAAGUUUUUUCAAUAUAUUCUCUUUUUGCUCAGUCUCUCAGCCUUUAAUUUUGCGAUUAGUUACAAAAAAAUGAAAUGUUUAAUAAUCGUGAAAAUGCGAUUAUCUUAUUAAUUGUUAAUUACUGUAUACGAAUGAAUUUAGACGAUUUAUAAAAAGAAAAAAAGAAUACGUCAGCUAUGGACGCACUUGAAUUUUUUUAGUGGUGAUUUUUAUGAAUAAAUCGUCAAUUGUAUAUAUAUAUAUAUAUAUAAUAAGAAUGAAACACGUAUUAAUUCGCAGGAGGAGAAUUAUUUCAAUUAACGCGAUAAAAAAAAGAAUCAAUUGUGAUCCUUGUAAUGGAUUUCAUUUUUUUCGAGUUCUCUGUUGUAAAGAGCCUCGUAUCCUUGUUGGCAUUUCAUUAUAGGAUAUAGAAUAUUCUAGUGAUAUUGUAUUUGUAGAAUAGCUUUUCAUACAUCAAGAUACAUUUCGUCAAGAAGAUAUAA